AUGUCUACCACAACCUCCUCCUCCAACCACACGCCCUCCAACGGAGCGGCGGAUCUCGAUCCCCUCGACGCAGCGGACUACGAUCCAAUUGACCACCUAAAUGCUAUCUUCUCUCACCCCUCCACGCUGUCCUCCGUCUCCCACGUUUCCCGGUCCCUCCUAGACUACGAAGAUGAGCUGGACGACGAGAUCGGCGCGUUGGUGGAGGAACAAGUCACAUCCAAUGCGGAAAGCGUCCAGCGCAUACAGGCUGCCCAGGCAGAUUUGACGGAGUUAUUCAAGAAGAUUGACGAUGUGCGCGACCGCGCGUCCAAGACGGAGCUAGCCAUCACCGAGAUGACGGCGGAUAUCAAACAGCUGGACAAUGCAAAGAAGAACCUCACGCAAUCCAUGACAGCCCUGAAGAGGCUGCAGAUGCUGACGACGGCAUACGAUCAGCUCCGUGUCCUCGGUAAGACAAGGCAGUACCGGGACUGUGCUCAAUUACUGCAGGCGGUUAUUCAGCUGAUGGCGCACUUCAAGUCGUACCGAUCCAUUGAUCAGAUCGCUCUUCUCAGUAGAAAUGUGGCAGAUAUACAACGAGAGUUGUUGGAGCAGGUCUGUGAAGACUUUGAGCUGGCGUUUGCUAAGGGUGAAGUGGGACAACAGAGGCUCGUGCUUUCGGAGGGCUGUCUUGUUAUGGACGCUUUGGGGGAGCAUGCGAAGUCCAGGCUGGUGACCUGGUAUUGCAAUUUCCAGCUACGGGAGUAUCGACAGGUGUUCAGGAAUAACGAGGAGGCGGGGUCCUUGGACAACAUUUCGCGGAGGUAUUCAUGGUUCCGUCGUAUAUUGAAGAUCUACGAUGAGGAAUACGCAGCGAUAUGGCCGACCUCUUGGAGGGUUGAUGAGAUCUUGGCGAACAUAUUUUGUGAAGGAACUCGAGAGGAUUUCAAGGGCAUUCUUUCCCGGUCCGUGCGAAAUGGGCAGACGAUCGACGUCAACCUAUUACUUUCUUGCUUGCAGGAGACUUUGGAUUUUGAGCAUACUUUGGAGCGGCGGUUUGUCAAUCCAUCCCGCCCGUCCACCGACACGUUCACCUCGGCUGAAGCACCUGUCUUUGGCCAGGCCAUUUCAGAGGCCUUCGAGCCCUAUCUAAGCGUAUGGGUUGAAGCUCAAGAUAAGCAGUUGGCUACCCUGAUACCAAAAUAUCGACAGCAACCUAUCAGACCGCCAGAUGAGGAGUUCGAUUCUAACAUCGUCAUAGCGUCCUCCACGGAGCUUUUUACGUUCUACAGACUCUCUCUACAGCAAUGUGCGAAACUCUCGACGGGUGGGAGCCUUGCCGACUUGGCCAAAGUCUUCGCAAAGUAUCUCGAUCAAUAUGCCCAGCAAGUCCUCUUAUACUAUAUCAGUGAGAGACCCACCGGCACUACUCCAUCCAAGGUACCAUCUCUGGAGGACCUCAUUUCAGUUCUCAACACUGCAGAUUACUGCUAUACCACCUGCAAUCAACUAGAGGAAAAGAUCAAAGGAAGGCUCGACAAGAAUUUGAAACAAUCGGUUGAUCUGCAGAGCCAGGCGGAUUCAUUCAUGGGCAUUGCAUCUGCUGCUGUUCGGUGCCUUGUGCGGAUGGUCGAGGUCGAGUUAGAGCCCUCCUGGCGAGAAAUGCGCAAUACACCUUGGAAUCGACUUGAAAGUGUUAGCGAUCAGAGCACGUAUGUCAGUGAACUCAUGACCAAGCUUAACGCCAAGUCCUCCGAGAUCCUGCAGUUGCUGCAUAAACAACAGUACGCCCGAGCUUUCGCGGAUCAUGUCGUAGAGCUGAUAUCAAACGUAUUCGUUUCGAAUAUCUUUCAGUGCAAGCCAGUCUCGGAGACUGGGGCGGAGCAAAUGCUCCUGGACGGAUACACCCUCAAAACCGGCCUCUCAUCUCUUCUACCAGCUCCCGCUCCAGCAAGCUUCGCGAAGCGUGUCAACAACAGCUUCAUGAAGAUCGAGACUCUCCUCAAGACCCUCCAAGUCCAACCAUCGCCUCCAGAGGCUCUAGUACAAGCAUACUUGAUCCACAUCAAGGACAGCAGCAACACGAACUUCCGCAAGAUCCUCGAACUCAAAGGCAUCCGCAGUCGACAAGAGCAGAACCAGCUCGUAGAACUCUUCCAGAUCCACCGUGCAUCAGACCGUCACGCGCCGAACCUUCAGCAAAGCAAUCCCAUUCUCACAGCCUUUCAAACCACCCCCGCUUCCUCUUCAAACCAAGGGCUGGGACUUGGAACCGCCGCCGCAUCAAUCGGUGCUUCCAACCUCCCCACCCGUUUCGAUCCAUCCAUGUUGGGCUCUGCCAUCAUCUCAGCUGCCAAGGACGGUGUCGACCGAUUCGGAACUCCUAUGUCCUCGACUGGAAACCCCGGCGCAGGUGGUGCCCCAGGAUCAACAUCCACCACCCCUGUGUCCCCUGGCCCAUUCGCACAACUACAGAGCACCGCCGAGAACGCUACUGCAGGCAACCUAAACGAAAAUCUGAAAAAUAUUGGAAAGUUCUUCCGUCGGGACCUGGGUGGAUUUGGUGGUCGGUUUGGAAGGAGUGGUGAUGAUGGUAACUGA